AGUAUAAAUAGCAAGCGCCCAGAUCUGCUGGACUCACUCUCAGCGUCGUCACGCUCACAGCUUGUGCGGGAUUUCAUUUGCCUGAAACCGGUUCCCUUAAGUCGAAAAGCCCCCCCACCCAAAGUUAAGCCAUGGAUGAGGAAAUCGCCGCACUUGUUGUUGACAACGGAUCCGGUAUGUGCAAGGCCGGAUUUGCUGGAGACGACGCCCCUCGUGCUGUCUUUCCCUCCAUCGUUGGUCGCCCCAGACAUCAGGGAGUGAUGGUGGGCAUGGGCCAGAAAGACAGCUACGUAGGUGAUGAAGCCCAGAGCAAGAGGGGUAUCCUGACUCUGAAGUACCCCAUCGAGCACGGUAUUGUCACAAACUGGGAUGACAUGGAGAAGAUCUGGCAUCACACCUUCUACAACGAGCUGAGAGUUGCCCCUGAGGAGCACCCUGUCCUGCUCACAGAGGCCCCUCUGAACCCCAAAGCCAACAGGGAGAAGAUGACCCAGAUCAUGUUUGAGACCUUCAACACCCCUGCCAUGUACGUUGCCAUCCAGGCCGUGCUGUCUCUGUAUGCCUCUGGUCGUACCACCGGUAUUGUCAUGGACUCUGGUGACGGUGUGACCCACACAGUGCCCAUCUAUGAAGGAUACGCUCUGCCCCACGCCAUCCUGCGUCUCGACUUGGCUGGCCGUGACCUCACAGACUACCUCAUGAAGAUCCUGACUGAGCGUGGUUACUCCUUCACCACCACAGCCGAAAGGGAAAUUGUGCGUGACAUCAAGGAGAAGCUGUGCUACGUUGCCCUGGACUUCGAGCAGGAGAUGGGCACUGCUGCCUCUUCAUCUUCCCUGGAGAAGAGCUACGAGCUGCCCGACGGACAGGUCAUCACCAUCGGCAAUGAGAGGUUCCGUUGCCCAGAGGCCCUCUUCCAGCCUUCCUUCCUCGGUAUGGAGUCCUGCGGAAUCCACGAGACCACCUACAACAGCAUCAUGAAGUGCGACGUCGACAUCCGUAAGGAUCUGUACGCCAACACUGUGCUGUCUGGAGGUACCACCAUGUACCCCGGCAUCGCCGACAGGAUGCAGAAGGAGAUCACAGCCCUGGCCCCAUCCACCAUGAAGAUCAAGAUCAUCGCCCCACCAGAGCGUAAAUACUCUGUCUGGAUCGGAGGCUCCAUCCUGGCCUCCCUGUCCACCUUCCAGCAGAUGUGGAUCAGCAAGCAGGAGUACGACGAGUCCGGCCCCUCCAUCGUCCACCGCAAAUGCUUCUAAACAGACUGUUCCUCCUCCCCUCCCAAACACCAAACAUCUUCAGCUCUGUGCAGAACCACACAUUUCUCAUACUCGGGCGCAGAGCCUAGACAACUCAUUGGCAUGGCUUCAGUUAUUUUUGGCGCUUGACUCAGGAUUUAAAUAAACUGGAACGAUGAAGGAAACAAUGGUUUUUGGCUAUGUUAAAUAAAAAAUAUCCCGGUUCGUCCUGGGACUUCAAAAUGUACCUUUUGUCAUUCCAAAUGUCUAACUGCAUUCUUCAGAUAUGAUUCCAGAUGUUAACUGCAUUGUUCAGACACGUAUUUGCCUCUGUGAAGGCUGCCCAGUGGUUGGAGCAUACUUUAACUUGGUUGUAGUAUCGCUUGUAUGUAAAUUUGUCUGGGUUUUUUGUACUUUCAGCCUUAAAGAAAAAGUCUUGGUCCUGUUUAGUUUUUGUUUUUGUUAUGCAAAACCCAACUGACCUUCUUCCUCUGAAGGAUUCACCCCAGGGUGCCGGGGCAAGGGGGUCUUGAAGUAACUGGGUAUCAUGGGUUGCCAGACCAGUGGGGCCAACCUGUACACUGACUAAACAAUCCCAAUAAAGUGCACAUGUGUUCCAACAUAA